CGCGGCGGGCCGAGCCGGGCGGAGGCAGCGGCGUCCCACUGUCCCCCCGCGAGGAAGCUCCUGCGCUGCCGCCACUUCUGCACGAACCUGAACUUGUCACUGAGUGGUGAGAGCAGGUGCUGCCCUGCCCACCUCAGAACCUGGCCACAGAGCCUGCUCCUUUCCGUCUCCUGCCCUGGCCUCCCCACCCACACCUGGGCUCUGCUGUGUCCCCAGGAGCUCUGGAGCCCCAGGACCAUGGACGCUCUUAAUAGGAACCAGGUGGGCCCUGGAUGCAAGACCCAAGCAAUGGUCAAGAAGGGGCCCUUGGACUUGAUUGAGACAGGCAAAGGGCUGAAAGUGCAAACGGACAAGCCCCACCUGGUGAGCCUGGGCAGCGGGCGGCUCAGCACAGCCAUCACCCUUCUGCCGCUGGAGGAAGGGAGGACCAUGAUUGGCUCUGCGGCCAGGGACAUCUCCCUGCAGGGUCCGGGUGUGGCUCCGGAGCACUGCUGCAUUGAGAAUGUGCGGGGCGUCCUCACCCUCUACCCGUGUGGCAACGCCUGCAGCAUCGACGGGCUCCCUGUCCGGCAGCCCACCAGGCUCACUCAGGGCUGUAUGUUGUGCCUGGGUCAGUCCACCUUCCUCCGCUUUAACCACCCGGCUGAAGCCAAGUGGAUGAAGAGUAUGAUUCCAGCAGGGGCCCGGGCCCCCGGGCCCCCCUACAGCCCUGGCUCAGGCCCGCUGGUGGGCCGAACGUUUUCAGACGGCGCGGCCGCCCGCGCCCUGCAGCCCCCCGAGAGCCCCCGCCUGGGCCGCCGGGGCCUGGACAGCAUGCGGGAGCUCCCUCCGCUGAGCCCGUCCCUGUCGCGAAGGGCGCUCUCCCCCGUACCCACCAGGACUACGCCAGACCCCAAGCUGGCCAGGGAAGUGGCCGAGAGCCCCCGGCCCCGGCGCUGGGCGGCCCAUGGGGCGGCGCCCGAGGACUUCUCCUUGACCCUGGGCGCCCGCGGCCGCAGGACGCGGAGCCCCUCCCCCACCCUCGGGGAGUCCCUGGCCCCCCGCAAGGGCAGCUUCAGCGGCAGGCUGAGCCCGGCCUACAGUCUGGGCUCCCUGCCCGGGGCCUCGCCCCGCCAGAGCCCCCGCGCCCAGAGGAAGCUGUCCAGCGGGGACUUGCGGGUGCCCGUCAGUCGGGAGCGGAAAAACAGCAUCACCGAGAUCAGCGACAACGAGGACGACCUGCUGGAGUACCACCGGCGGCAGCGCCAGGAGCGGCUCUGGGAGCAGGAGAUGGAGAGGCUGGAGCGCCAGCGCCUAGAGACCAUCCUGAACCUGUGUGCUGAGUACAGCCGGGCGGACGGGGCGCCCGAGGUUGGGGAGCUGCCCAGCAUCGGGGAAGCCACCGUCGCCUUGGCGCUGGCAGGCCGGAGGCCCUCAAGAGGCCUUUCAGGGGCCACCGGAGCCUGUGGGCGGGGCACUGAGGAGCCCGGGGGUGCCACCCAGCACCUGUGGGAGUGUGUGGACCGCUCAGACGAGGAGAAUCUCAAGGAGGAGUGCAGCAGCACUGAGAGCACCCAGCAGGAGCAUGAAGAUGCACCCAGCGCCAAGCUCCAGGGGGAGGUGCUGGCCCUGGAGGAGGAGCGGGCUCAGGUGCUGGGCCGAGUGGAGCAGCUCAAGGUCCACGUGAAGGAGCUGGAGCAGCAGCUGCAGGAGUCGGCCCGGGAGGCCGAAAUGGAGCGAGCGCUGCUGCAGGGGGAGAGGGAGGCCGAGCGGGCAUUGCUGCAGAAGGAGCAGAAGGCCCUGGACCAGCUGCAGGAAAAGUUGGUGACCUUGGAAACCGGCCUGCAGAAGGAGAGGGACAAGGAGGCCGAGGCCCUGGAGACCGAGACGAAGCUGUUUGAGGACCUGGAGUUCCAGCAGCUGGAGCGGGAGAGCCGCGCCGAGGAGGAGCGGGAGCUGGCGGGCCAGGGGCUGCUCCGCAGCAUCGCCCAGAGGAAGGAGCGCCUGGCAGUCCUGGACAGUCAGGCCGGCCAGAUCCGGGCCCAGGCCGUGCACGAGUCUGAGCGCCUGGCGCGGGACAAGAACGCCUCCUUGCAGCUGCUGCAGAAGGAGAAGGAGAAACUGGCUAUGCUGGAGAGAAGGUACCACUCACUCACAGGGGGCAGGCCCUUCCCGAAGACCACAGCGACCCUCAAAGAGAUGGAGGAGCUGCUGCUCCCUGCUGUAGACCUAGAGCAGUGGUACCAGGAGCUGAUGGCCGGGCUGGGGCCUGGCCCCGCCGCGGCCUCCCCGCGCUCCUCUCCCCCGCCUCUGCCCGCCAAAGCUUCCCGGCAGCUGCAGGUUUACCGCUCCAAGAUGGACGGCGAGGCCGCCGGCCCCCUGCCCUCUUCCUCUGGCUCUUCUUCCUCUUCCUCCCAGCUCAGCGUGGCUACCCUGGGCCGCAGCCCCUCCCCCAAGAGUGUGCUGCUCACCCAGAACGGCUCGAGCAGCCUUCCUCGCAACCUGGCGGCCACGCUGCAGGACAUUGAGACCAAGCGCCAGCUGGCCCUGCAGCAGAAAGGCGCGUCGCUUCCUGCCGAGCCCCCCACAGCUGGCGACCCAGCAGGUAGAGCGUUGGUCACUGAGGGCAUCGCUUGGGUCAGGCAGCCCCCCCCGGGCGUCUGCAUGAUGUUCUCUGUGCAGGACCUCGCUGCCCCCAGGCAGGCCCCCCCACACCCCCGGCUGAGCUGGGACCGGGUGUCUGGCUGGCCUCACCCCUGCAGCCGAGCUGUCUCCGCCUCAGCUGUGCUCUGCUGUCGUCUCCCCUCCUCCCCUGCUCUCGCCCCUGCAUCAGGCCGGGUUUGCACGGACGCCCGCUCACGCCAUCCCGCUGCCCCCUCCCCAGCGGGCAGGCCCAUGCAUGAGCCCUGCCCCCUCCAGCGCAGGACGCCGGAGCCGUGCUGGAGCCAAACUGCACGCAGGCGCCCGAGGCCCCGGCAGUCCCUGAAGAUAGGCACUCUUGGCCCCAUUGCACAGCUGAGGCAGCUGAGGCUUAGGGACUUAAAAUGCGUUUGUCAGGGUCUCAGAGCGCAGACCGGUGGCAGAGCCAGGAUGGGAAGCCAGCGUGGUCUCACUUUAAACAAGGUGUUUGAAGAGGGUGGCGCCUCCCGGUGCCAGGCUGCCGUCUGGGGAGGGGCGGCCGGGCAAGGGGAGGGAGGGGCGGCCCUGGGCGCCGACCGCUGGCUCCGGCGGCAGGAGCGGGAGUUGGAGCUCCGGCGGCAGGCCCUGGAGGAGGAGCGGAGGCGGCGGGAGCAGGUGGAGCGGAGGCGGCAGAGCGAGAGCGCCAGGAGGCAGCAGCUGGUGGAGAAGGAGGUCAAGAUGCGGGAGAAACAGUUCUCGCAGGCACGACCCCUGACUCGCUACCUGCCCAUCCGGAAGGAGGACUUUGAUCUGAAGACCCACAUCGAGUCGUCGGGCCACGGCGUUGACACCUGCCUGCACGUGGUGCUCAGCAGCAAGGUCUGCCGCGGCUACUUGGUCAAGAUGGGCGGCAAGAUUAAGUCCUGGAAGAAGCGCUGGUUCGUCUUCGACCGGCUGAGGCGCACGCUCUCCUACUACGUGGACAAGCACGAGACGAAGCUGAAGGGGGUCAUCUACUUCCAGGCCAUUGAGGAGGUCUACUACGACCACCUGCGCAGCGCGGCCAAGAAGAGGUUUUUCAGCUUCACGGUGGUGACUGAGAGCCCGAACCCGGCCCUCACCUUCUGCGUGAAGACCCACGACCGGCUGUACUACAUGGUGGCCCCUUCGGCCGAGGCCAUGCGCAUCUGGAUGGAUGUCAUCGUCACCGGAGCAGAGGGCUACACUCAGUUCAUGAACUGACUGGGGUGGACCCCCCCGACCCUCGGCCCCGUGGGCGGGCUCCCAGCGGCCUGGGAGGGCGGAGCGAGCUGGGGCUUCUGUACGAGACCUUGUUCCACGCGUGAGGAGCUCCCCGGUGAACUUCGGGGCUCAGGCCCCCAAGGAACCAGCCAGCAGCUACCCCGGGCGGAGGCGCAAAGCCUGGCGGCUCGUGCCCGCGGGGCUGUCACGAGAGGGGCCGCCAGCUCUGACCUGGCGCCCGCGCUCCUCCCCUCUUUUGCAAAAGGACAAAUUGUGGUACCAGAAUCUGCCAAAGAUCCUCUUGCCUCAGCCCCCUGGCCGGCGCCCCGGGGGCGGAGUGGGGCCAUGCUCCUCCCGCCCGCUCCCCCGGCGGGAUCCAGGGCCCACGACCUCCGACCUCCGCUGCCAGCCUCGAGGUCCUAACCCACCACGCGCUCCACGGUGACCGCUUCGAUGCCGCGGCCCCUCCCCGGGUGCGAGGGUGCCCACUGCCCUCUCCCCAGCCCAGGACCUCGGGCAUCGCUCGCUGGGGACGGACCGACGGCGCUCUGCCUGCCACCCCCGGUCCAGACCUUGCCCUCCCACUGUGCCUUGCUUAGAGCCAGAAGGGACGAAGCUGGGACAGCCAGACACCGGAGGAAGGACACGGGGAGAGGCGGCCGGACGAGGGGGCUGUGGAGCUGGCUGGGCUUCUCACAGGGGUGGGGGCCCCUCCGACGCCCCCGGGGGAAACCCGAGCGGGAACGAGGCGGCUGCGGGAGCAGACCUGGGGACCGGCCGCCCUCCCUUCAGCCUCAGAAGGACGACAGAGAUGGAGAGAAGGCCCGACCACUGGCCCGUCCUUCACGCCUUAACACUAAGCCCCCAGGACUGGGCCAUGGGCGCCCCUCAGUAUUUGUAAGCAUCUCAACAGAAAAUAAAGCGUUUGGACUAUG